AUGACGGCUGGCACGCCAGAUCCUGUAGAAGCACCGCCUCCGGUCUGGGAUGGUACUCAACAGCCAGCACCUCCAGCUUCCUUGAAAUUGUGGAAAGAGGUUGGAGAGGGAUUGGAUAAGAGUCAAACUGUCGUUUGGAAGAGUGCUGUUGAGUCUCUGGAUCAAGCGAAGACUUAUUUUCGAUCAUCCAUUGAAGCCCGCGAUUUUGUAGAGAGAUACAUGACUCCGAUAAUUGGAAUAUUGGUAGAACAGCAGCCAACAAAGAUUGGUGCUCAUGAGCGGAAUUGUGUUCAAGAAAGUCUUGCGCUGGCAGUGUCUAUUGUUUCCAUCGAUUUGGAGACCCAAAUUCAACAAAAGGGUGAAUGUAAAUUGAUGGAUGCUCUCGCGCUCGUUUUCAAUAAAAAGAAAGCAUAUUACAAAGGAAAUAAGGCUAAUUGGAAUGUCAGUCACCUGAGCGGGUUACCGGAAGUUAGGCUGAAGAUGAUUGAGCGGUUUCGACACGAACAAGGAUUUACGAGGUUCUGCCUGUACAUGUCGGAGCGAUUGAAUACUGCUUUGUUCCCCAAUCUGGUAUUCAUACAUCAGAUUUUGACGGCAGUUUUGGAUGCUUUGCCAAUUCGUGCGCCGGGACAAGACCCUUCGUUACUGAGCGAGAUGGAGGAUGCGGCAAUUGAAAUUGCCAGGCCAGUUAUGGAUUUUAUUGACAGUCACAAUGACAGAGAACUCAAAAAGCUUUCUUCGGAUCACUUGAACAAUGUACUCCAUGAUUUGCAACGAAUCUUUGAUAAGCUCAUCAUCACAAAACGGGAAGCUACAUACCAAUUCUAUGCUUUCUGGAGAGGCGUAGCCAUGAAGCUCAUCAAAACGGAGUCCCUUCCGUUACGGCUCGCUGGUUGGCAACAGAUUGAAGAUAUCCUUGAAGCGAGCGCUGAUCAUCAGCCGCCACCGAGAGGCUUCCAGGUCAUGGAUGCAGGUUGUACGUUUGUAAAUGGAAAAUACCUUUUCAAAGGACCCAAUACUCCCGAUGGCUAUGCCUACCAGGGCAUGGAUGUCAAGUAUGAGCGGGCUAUCCCAGAAGAUGAACGAGAUGGCGGAGGCAAGAAACUCACUCUGUUUCGCUGUACAAUGCGGUCGCAGCAAAAGUGGUGGUUUCUUUCUGAAGCGGACGAGGAGCAACCUGGAACGGAUCGUGACAUUGAUUAUUAUCAGCACAAAUCAAAGGCACACGAGGAGAAGCAGCCACCGCAACGUGGUUGGAUCACAUGUCGGAACGCUGGAUUGGACCCAUCCCCGCAUUUGCAGGCAGUUGGGCUCAUGGUUCCCCCUGGAGAAGAAUUCACGACUUUGGAACACCAGCUUGCUCAAUGGGCGAUAGAGAAUGAUAUCAUCGAAUUGGUGCUCGGAGACUCCGUUCAUAGAGAAAUUGUUGCUCGGUCGACACCACUUUUGAACUUUCUUGCUUCGAUGUGUGAGCGCGAUUCUGGUGUGGAGAGUACGGGAACAAGGCAACCGAAUAUGUAUUGCCUCCAAAAGUCACACCUUCUCUUGGCUUGGAAGACAUGCACGCGGAAAGCCGAUGCUGCAGUGGCUACACAGGUAUUUCAACUUCUUGUAUCAAUACUCCCAUCCUGUCCCAGUAGUCUUGCUAUCCCGCUGUUGAAGGCAGUUCAAGAAUCCCUUUUUGACAACAAAGGAAAGAGAGAUUACCUCCCUGAAGUGGCGGAAUUUUGUUCCGCUCUGGCAGCGGCAAACUCUGCUGACACAAAAUCUGCUUCUACAAUAAAUCUUGCAGACGAUGUACGAGCAGAGGUUUUGGAGUUGCUGUGGUCUGUACUGACGCACCCGGAGGCUUCACAAUUGAAGAGCUACGAUAGUCUGAAGCAAUAUGUCACCAAUGAAUUGCGAGUCGAGCCAAAAGGUGAAGAGCAUAGAGAGAAAUACCUCAGAAUAUGUGUGCAAACUCUGGCAUCCAACGCAGGAAUAGUAGAACGGGGGAAAGUUGACGAGACCCAGGCAUUGCGGAUGGUCCGAUUGACACAUUUUGUCCUUGAAGCGUGUCCUCGGCCCCAAGCAGCGACUUUUGUGAUGGAAAAGGGUGGGACUCUGCCGAAACUUUUAUUCAGUGAGUUGACAGCGUUCAUGAAGCGCAGAGAUGCAACAGUACCACAGAGCCCUCGAAAGUCACCACAACCUGAUUCCACAUCUAGUUUCGACCCAAAUCCGCUAUCACGACGUCUACACAUUUUGAGAUACGCAUAUGGCUUGAACCAAGCAAUUUUCAUGGACUUAGGACAGCUUAAUGAACUUUGGCAACUGUGUUCGUCGUCGAGAGAACGAGAAGAGGCUAUGAUUUUUAUCGCAAAUUCUUCCUUUCCAGGGCCAACCAAUGGCGACACUCCAGCAACCGCUCAGCCUCAGCCACAAAAUGCUGCGCCCAAUUUAGAUCUUCUCUCUGCUGCCUUCACAGAAGAAGUAUGCGCGAAUGCCUUCUUGAGUCUGUUUUGUGCCGCUUCUGUUUCGUUUAAGUCGCUCGGGGAAGGUGCAUAUCGGAGCUUGCAAGCAAUCUUCAACAAGCUUCGACAAUCGCCAACUCACGGAAGAGAAAGUACUGCUGCCGGUUUGGACUCUUUGUGGCGGAUAUGCUUGGAGACGGGAAGCAAUGAUGUUGCCGCGAAAGCAAUGAAUGACCUUCUUGCGGUCUACAUAUCGUACAACAGCGAUAGCUCAAGGUGGACUUCGAACCAGCCGCUUAAUGAUUCUUUCAACGAAUCUCCAUUCGAGAGCUUUGGAAAGCGUGUAUUUGAUUGCCUGACACAUGUGAAAAAUGGUCUUGAAAACAAAGAUCAAACUGCUGAAAUGGCUGCUGAACGAUGUCUUCGAAUUUUGAAUGCAGCAAUAGCGCAGGGUGGUGCUGGUGGAUCGGUUGCUACUUCGACGGUCAGUCGACUGACGACCCUGUCCCCUGUCGAUGGGAUUCAGCAAGUGAUCAAGUUUCUUCCACAUGGAAUGCGAGGCCAGGCUUGCUACAGAAAAGUUGGCAUUAUGGCGAAGUCAACCAAUACAACCCAGCAAGGAGCAGUUACGCCAGGUGCAGCCACAAAUCCCGGUGCUGUUCGUGUCCAACCGACGAACCGUGGCCCAUCGACGUAUCGCUUCACUCUUGAUGUACAUCCUCUGGAGACUCUACAAUCGAUAAAAGCAAAAGUUGCAUCAUACUGCAAUUGCUCAGAAACAUCUGUAAAAGCCAUCACCAUUAACGGCCGUGCUGGCAAUCAAACAAGUGAAGGAGAAUCGGCACAGCAAGUUGGACUGAACUUGGUUGCCGAGACCGCCGUCGCUGAUGAAAUUGGGAUUGUUCAGGGUUGCGAGAUCGUAUUUGCCCUUACAGAACCACCAGCGCAUCAAGUCGUGCCAAGUGUUACUAAUCCCAUGGUCCGAGACCUUUCUCAAGACUUGAGUGAUAUCUUCUACAAAACUGAAAGCAAAUUUCCGGAUAAACUUUUGCAAAUGCUACUGCAAGUUCUGGAAGCACUGCCAUGGAGGGAACCAAAUGCUGUUGUCGAUGAAUCUUCUGUAUCAGUUGACCCCCACAAGCUUGUAUGGGAUCUUAUCCUCGCAAUGCCUACGAAUGCAGCAAUUGAUGAACAGGUGCAAAAGGCCGCCCAAGGCCAAGGUGAUUCAGCGAGCCGAGGAGAUGACGCCAUGGAAAUUGAUGUACCUAGUUCAGAACGGUGGUCAAAGGUACUGGACUUGAACAACUUUCACCGAUCGGUCUACGUGCUUCUUGCAAUCGAUGCCUUGUUGCACCCCGCGGUAGAAACCCUGUCUUGUUUGCCUUUUCAACAGCGCCAGAUUCUUGAGAGAGAAACAAUGAAUCGCGCAGCUUCCUUCCGACGAGAUUUCAUCGAAUCAGGAGGUUUUGAUGGGGUAGUUAAGUUCUUUUCUUCACCAGAGCAGCAUCUUGAAAUGAGUCAAGGUAUGAAGAGAAUGGGCAAUGCUGUUGCAUUGAGAAUCCUGAAAUGUUGUUUGUUCGGUGGAAAAGUGUCACCCUCGGAUCCUACUAGUCAGCCUGGCCAAUUGGAUGACGCCGGGAGCAAACUGCUUCAAUCCUUAUCUGACGCGGAGGGUCUUCUCAAUAGCCUUGCUGCAAUGGUCGUUGGAGAUAGCGGGAUUUCGACAUCAACAAUAUCUGAUGUACUGAAGUUCCUACGGCUGCUUUUCAGAUCCACAAGCACUGCUCAGAGUUUCGUCUCCCUGUCCAAUGGAAUGGCGGAACGAUUCAUCAUCACCCUAUUGCUCUGGGAAGGAACCUCCGAUUCAGCCCGCCACGCAUCAUCCAUCACUGCCGCAUCGAAAGUGAGGAAGAAUGCCCAUGAUCUCAUACUUUCUACUUCGAUCCUGUCUGAACACGCGAUGCCAUGGCUUAUCCAAGCCAUUGAUCGAGUCGACGUAACAUCGGAAGUGACUGCAGAAUUCUUUGAUGUGCUUCAAAAGCUUGUAUCGGUUACAGACAGUUCACGACCUGGUGAAUCAAGCGCAAUGGCGACUGCUGUGUGUAAGAAGUUGGCAUCGUGUCCUCGACCAUCGGCUGAGGCGGCCUCGGUAGAUCUGACAACAGGUGUCUUGUGUGGUUGUCUCACUUUGAUGAGAGCACUGAUUGAGAAAGGCGAAGGAGAUAGCUUCAAGAGUGGCAUCGACCUUUUGUUGAAUGGUGCUGAUAUCAAGCGAUGGUCUGAUUUAGUGUCUGCUCCAAACAGCGGUAUGUUUUCCACAGCUUCAAAUGCUCAAGCUAAGACCGAAAUUAGCGACAAGGCUCUUGUCGAUAUGAUGGGUGUCAUCUUUGAUGUUUUCCUUUCGCCAGGAGUAUCAUCGUCUGAAAUGCCCAUUUGCUCUGAUAAGGAAUCCCGGCAAAGAGGGUUCGAUGUCGUCAGUUCAGCAGCCCGAUCUUGUCUUGGCAGCACUGGCUACCUGGCGCUUGUUGCAAGGAUAAAUGGUUUGGUAUCAUCUUCGGCUCCCUAUCUGAAGCACAAUUGGGGUCAAGUCGCUGGCGGAGGUGAUUUGCAAACACGUGGAAGCAAGGUCUCUUCGAAAUAUUCUGGUCUUCGGAAUCAGGGCUGCACUUGCUACAUGAACUCGGUGCUCCAGCAACUUUUCAUGAUGCCGGAGUUGCGUAAAUCAAUGUGUUCUGCCCCUCUUCCUGCCGCGAUUCGCUCUUCUGGAGGUACAGUUGCGACAAAAGGCGUCGAUCUUGUUGGAAAGCGCCUUGCCAUCCAAUGGGAAAACGGCAUGUCAUACGAUGCUGUUGUUGAGGCUUUUGAUAAAGAUUCAGCAAUGCACACCAUUCGAUAUUGUGCACUGCCAGUGGCCAUAGUUGGAGGUGCAAACCAUCACCAAGUGCACGCCGAAGACAUAGAUACCCUGCCACCCCUUCUUCCAGAAGAGUUCGUCCUAACAGAAGGUCGCCCUGGCAAAGAGACGGGUGUUUUUGAGAUUGUGAAUACUACAUCAAAUGACUCAGCUUCAGCCGCUGCCGCGGGAAGCACUGAGAAUCCGCCUGGUGCGAUUGAGGAAAGCGAAGACGAAGCGGCGUCACGACACCUGAUGGAGGAGUUCCAGCGAACUCUUAUUCACCUGGAGGAAGGCUCGAGAGGGCGGUGCUUCGAUCCGAAAGGUCUCGUCGAAGCCAGUACCAUUUUGAAAAUGGAGUUCGAUGUCUGGCAACAGAACGACGCGUCAGAAUUCGCCACUAAAUUGUUGGACAAACUUGAGACGUCGUUGAAACGAUGGGCUCCUGACAACUUCAGAUAUAUGGAUCAUACAUUUGGUGUGAAGCAAACGAAACAGAAGAUUUGCAAGGAAUGCAGCUUGAAGACAAACCGUGAAGAAAAACUUCUCAACAUCGAUUGCCAAAUUAGAGGCAAAUCUGAUAUCCAUGAAGCACUUGCUGCUGUGACAGAGACUGAAAUAAUGGAUGGCAGCAAUAAAGUCUUUUGUGAUAGGUGCAAUAGAAAGACUGAUACCAUCCUAAGGACAGCAAUAUCCACUUUGCCAAAUAUGCUGGUUCUGUCUCUGAAGAGAUUCGAUUUGGACUUUACAACGUUCGAGACAGUGAAACUGAACAGCCGGUGUUCUUUUGGCCAGAGUUUGAACCUGAAGCGAUAUACGUUGGAUGGAGUCGAGGCAAUGGAGCAGGCUGGUGCCGAAGAAAAGCAAGACGGUCCGUCUCCUAUGGAUACCGGAGAGGAAGAUGCCCUGAGCCACUUGCCCGAUGACGAUUACGAAUAUCGUCUUGCCGGUGUUCUGAUACAUGCUGGAGUUGCCCAAGGUGGUCACUAUUACAGUUUCAUCAAAGACCGAAAUCCUGGUUCAGAUGAAAAGUGGUACCGGUUCGAUGAUGAAGAUGUGACUCCAUUCGAUCCUGCUUCAAUCGAGACUGAAUGCUUUGGAGGAAAAGUCAAGAAAGAAACGAAAUGGCCAAAUGGCCAGGUUCAUACAGUUGAAAGCGAGCAGUUCGCCAACGCGCUCAUGUUGUUUUACGAGAAAGUCAAACCCACAGAUCCCCCUCCACCAAGCGAAAAGGAGCAAGCAGAAACUACCGAAAAAAUCCCACCAGGACUUCCAAUGUCAAGUGGCUACGAUGUCUUCGAACCCGAUGUCGAAAAGUCAAAUUCUACUCACAAGUGGCAAACUUUCAUGUUCGAUCCCGAAUUUCAGGGUUUCUUGAAGGGACUACUUGGAAUGUGUAGGAUGUCUGCGACUGGUACGGACCAGAUGUUAGAUACGGGUAUUAGAGGCAAGGGAUUGCCAGUCGAUACUUGGAGAGGAUCUGUUGUGCAGAUGAUUUUGACAUUCUUUUUCGAUAUAUAUCUCUACUCAAGUGAAAGGCCAGCUCUGGAUGAAUGGGUUCAAAUGCUAGAGGAAACCAUGGAAGCUCACCAAAAUUCCGCAAGAAUAUUUGUGACGAAGCUUGCUUCGAAAACGAGAGAAGUGAGCGGAAAUUGGUUGGCCACGUAUCUUACCGAUUGUCCAGACCGAGCUGCUCGAAUUGCAUCUGUGCGAGUAUUCAGUGCUGCAAUCAAGUCAUGUAUGGUACUGCCUGACGAACAAGAGAAGCUUGGUGGAUGGGCAGGAGCUUGGAAGGAGCAAAUUGCUUCUAUUGGGGAUGCGAUUCGUCAACCAAUCCCCUGUUCCCUUGAAGUUAACUGGAAGUCCUUCGAGGAACCGAAAUCCUCGACAAUGUCUACAAUUGGUGUUAUUCUUUCCGCAACGAAUUCUUUGCUUGAUGCAUCUCCACGAAAUUGGCGGUUUAGUCCAGAACUUUAUCUAUUUGUUCGCAACUUGGCAAACAUCGAUACGGAAUAUGGAGGCGACAAAGUGAGACAAGCAAUGAUCGCAUGUCUCGUUCCAGCGCGAUUGUGCUGCCUCGUGGCGAAAGAUCGAUCACCUUCACUCCUCAGAGUUGCGUUCCCGGGAUCCGCGGUUGGAAAUGACGUGGCUGAGUCUCAAAUGCGGCCGGAGCAAAACCCUGCUCCGCAGUUGAUGUCAAUUACCGGCAACGCAGUUAUGAACCCUCCAGAUAUGAACUAUCGUGGUGGAGGAUCGCCAAUCGAUUUUUUGCAUCUUUUUGAGGCCCUUGGUUGCCUUCUUGGUGUUCGGGGAGUCGUACACGCCCCUCUCAUCUCUGAUAUUGAUGAAGCUACCAGAGGCCGCGCAACUCUGAACCUUACUGAGCCUGCUAUUGCUGCUCUGAAUAUUGUCUUCAAAGAAUCGUGUGCUCCUGGGGCCUCUGGUAUGGGCCAACGAGAAAUUGAAGUUUAUCUCCGAAGGUGUGGCGUUGAUUCUGUUCCACCUCAAAAGAUCAUGGAUAUUAUGGCGAAGUAUCCUUCCCCCAGCGAUAGCAACGGGAAUGUGCGCGCGGACAUUUUGGGCUGGGAGGGUUUCUUGGCGUACUAUCGUGAUACGAUUCAGUCAAAUGAGAUACGGGUACGCCUUGAUUUGCACACUUUUGGCUUUAGACCCGAUCUUUCAAGAAGAUCUCCCGAGUCCCGCAUAUCUGUGGUCCAGGGGCAAGAUGAACUCAGAAAGACUGCCGAGAGUGUUUCUAUUGACUCUGCUGAACUACUUCGGAACAGAAUUCCAAACCUUGGUCCGCUCGCUGAUUUGGGCGUUUCCACAUUCAUCCUGCAUGCGAAUGCAUAUGGAGCAAGUGAGCCGCUGGCUGAAAACAUCCUUGCAGCUGCUGCAUUUGGAAGAGAUACAAAUUCGCUUAUUAUCGACACCUUGAGGAACAUAUAUUCGGCGCCCACUGGAUGGGUUGGGAACGAGACUGUGAGUGCUGCGAUUAUGAUGCUCCGAGUACUUGUUUCGAUACCUGAUAGCAAGCAAACGGAACGUAUCGCAUCAAUCAUGGACUGUCACGAAAGACCGACCGACCGAGCUGAAUCUGGGAUUGGACUCUUGGUAGCUUCCAGAGCUUUCUACAAUGCUCGAGCUCGGCAUCAGUACCCGAAUGAUAUGAAUUAUUCGUUUACUCGAUAUGUCAAUGUCCUGAGGGAUCUGCUUGGAUUAGACUCGAUCUAUGCAUGGAUGAACGACAACAGAAAUCAGUGGCACUGGAUGGAGCACGAACUCCUCAUGACGCACCAGCAGACUCAGCCCCACCAAAACCGAGGUGAAUAUAAUGGUCAACGAGGAGACCCUGCUGUUGGCAUGGCGUUGGAACACCACCAUCACUCGGACACAGACGAUAACAUACAACAUAUGCAUGAGUCGGAGGAAGAUGACGACGAGGGCUCUUACGAUGAAAUGGAAAUGCAGGAGGCUCCGAACAGCAUCGUUGUUGAAAAUGCAGGAAACCCGGCUGUUUGUGGCGUGUACCAAAAACACGGCUCCUGGGAGCGGGCUUACAAGUACAGUAAGCAGGGAGAGCAUGGCGGCCGAGUUGUCCAGUUUUCAAUUUUCCAAUGCAACGUCAGCAAUAACACGAAGCAUUGGUACAUUUCUGUGGUUCCUACUCACGGAAAUCCCGGGACAAGUUCAGAUGUCGACUUUUAUUCGGCACCCGUCACCGAUCACUGCCGAUAUCUGCCACCACAAGAGGGAUGGACAAAGUCAAACGAGGGCAAGGAUCCUUCUCCCCUCCUUGUUUAUCGGAGCGAUCAAUUGCAGCCAUCUUCAGUAGAGUACAUGCGUUCGAAUCAUGGCGGGAACAUCGCUUAG